AUGUUCUCGGAGAAGCAGACUACUGUGGUUCAAUCCAUAUCGGAAGAUGCCAUUGAAGAAGCCGAGCUGUCCUUCCAGUUCACCAAAGAGGAACAUUCCCUCAGUUGGUGGGAUGCCAUGCGCCUGCAUUACCCAGCCAUUGGCUGGGGACUUUUCAUGAAUUUGGCGACUAUCUUGAAAGGCAUGGACGGGGGCAUCGUGCGCAGUAUAGUGGGUCUUCCCGUCUUCAAAGAGACAUACGGCUACAACCACAACGGCAACUACAUUAUCGCCGCAGAGUGGCUAUCGGCCUUCAAUUACGCCAACAAUAUAGGCGCCAUUAUUGGCGCCCUCUGUUCCGGCAUUGCAUAUGAUCGCUUUGGGCCCCGGUGGAUGACCGCCGGCUGCUGUGUCCUAUCCAUCGCAUUCAUUUUCAUUCAGUUUUUUAGUCAUACGCCGGCUCAGCUAUUCGCCGGUCAACUGAUCAAUGGGUGCAUUAUUGCAUUUUACCCAAUCUGUGCAUCGGCCUACGUCGGCGAAGUCACCCCACUCGUGCUGCGGGGGUUCGCAGCCACCAUGACCAACCUCGCCUUCUCGAUCGGUUCUUUAAUUGCCUCAGGUAUUCUCAAAGGAACGGAGACCAUGGACAGUCGUUGGUCCUACAAGAUUCCCAUAGCGACUCAAUGGGCUCUUCCAUGCAUUAUGUUGCUUCUAGUAGCCUUCUGUCCCGAUCCGCCCUACUGGUUGUGCCGGAAGGGCCGCCACGAAGACGCUAUGGCGUCUUUGCGCCGUCUUGCAACCCCUGGUGUCGACGUAACAAAAAAAUUGGCGCAUAUUCGGGAAACCUUGCGUCUAGAGAAAAAUUAUGAUGGAGAAAGACCUACUUAUCUUGACUGCUUUCGGGGGACCAACUUCCGCCGCUUGGUAAUCUGCGUAAUGGCAUACGACAUGCAGGCAUUUACCGGAAACGUGUUUUUCCUCAGCUAUGCUGUGCACUUCAUGGAGCUAGCCGGAUUGGAUGCUUCGGAUGCUUUUUCGAUGAAUAUCGGUUUGACGGCGCUGGGUCUACUAGGGACAUGCAUAUCCUGGUUUCUGCUUUCUUAUGUUGGACGAAGGUCUAUGUAUCUCUUUGGCUGCUCCGUGCUGGCCAUUGUGCUGUUCAUCAUUGGCAUUGUCGACCUCGUCCCGCGACAGACAUCCACCACAUGGGCGCAAUGUGGUUUGAUGUUAGUCUGCACCUUCGUGUACGACCUUAGUCUGGGUCCGUUUUGCUACGUGCUACUCGCAGAAGUAUCCUCAGCAAAGCUCCGCGGGCUAACUAUUGCGCUGUCCACUGUGACGUGCUUUGUCUGGUCGGUCGUCUUUGCGGUUGUCAUUCCGUAUGCGAUGAACGAAGACCAAGGAAAUUGGCGUGGCAAGAUUGGUUUCUUGUUCUCGGGGCUUAGCGUGCUCUGUACUAUCUAUUGUUUCUUUUGUUUGCCGGAAACCAAGGGCCGUACGUUUGAGGAGCUGGAUAUCCUGUUUGAGCGUAAAGUGCCGAGCCGAAAGUUUAAAAAUUCAAAAGUGGAUAUAGAUGUUGGGGGGAGACGCUUGGAGUGA